UACAGUCAAACUCGGGUAUAACGAACUCGGCAUAUAACGAACGCUUGCUUGUAACGAACGAAAUUUAAAGGCACAUCAGAAUGCUGUAUUAAAAGCAUGUAAUCUGUCCUCGCUUAUAACGAACCUCACAUAUAACGAACACUCUGAUAUAACGUACUAAUUGUUACGCUCGAACUGAUCAGAGCGAUCGCCUAUAACGAACCGUCGACGGUUUCCCCACCACAUAUGACCUCGCCCGGGUGUGUCGUCGUGAGUCAUGACGAUCGGUAGUUCAACGUAGUUAGUGUGACUCAUAUUGCCUUCGGUGCCGCGCGUGCAAUAUUUUUUUCAAUGGCGGAGGAAAAUGUGAAAGCUAUAAAUAAGCGGAAAGCUGUUUCAUUAAGCCAAAAAAUCGAAAUUAUUACAAAGUUACAGAAUGGUGCAGCAAACGCUGCGAUUUGUAGGGAGUAUAAGUUGUCCAAGUCGACUGUCUCAACGGUAUGGGCAAAUAAGGAAAAGUAUUUAAGCGUCCAACAUGUAAAUUCUCCUUCUACCAAAAAGCUAAGAGGGUCGUCUAAGCCAGAAGUAGACCAGUCACUUCUGAAAUGGUUUUCAUUAAAACGUAGCCAGAACAUUCCUAUUUCGGGACCCAUUCUUCAAGCCAAAGCUGCGGAAUUUGAAAAAAUUACGAAAACUCUGAAUACUCAGGAAUCACAAGAAGAACCAGGGUCUUCAUCGAAAGAAAUUGAAUACUCUAGAGGAUGGAUUGACCGCUUUAAACGCAGAUAUGACAUUCAAUCUGGGAAAAUUCAUGGUGAAUCGGCUAGUGUGUCUUUGGAAGUUACCAACCAGUGGAUAAAUACAGUUUGGCCUGGUUUGAGAAGUAAAUAUGAAAAGUGUGACACCUUUAACGGUGAUGAAACCGGAUUAUUUUUUAAACUGACACCUGACAGAACCCUAAAAUUCAAAGGAGAUAAAUGUUCUGGAGGAAAAUUGAGUAAGGAGCGCAUUACUGUGUUUGUCUGUUCAAACAUGGAUGGAUCUGAAAAACGUAGACUUGUUGUAAUUGGCAAGUCUGCUUCACCAAGAUGCUUUAAGGCAACAAAAAAUCUUCCAGUGACGUACUAUUCAAAUAAGCGAGCAUGGAUUACAUCGGAGAUCUUCGAAAAAAUUUUGAGAGAUUGGGACACGGAAUUGGAGAAAAGGAAAAGGAAAAUUUUGCUAUUGGUUGAUAACUGUCCGGCCCAUCCAAAGGUACUCAAUCUUAAACGCAUUGAGUUAAUCUUUUUGCCUCCAAAUGUUACAGCCGUGCUUCAACCUAUGGAUCAGGGCGUCAUACGUAGUUUGAAAUCUCAUUAUAGGCAGCAGCUUUUGUUUAAGUUAAUUCGCGCUUUAGACAGUAAUAAUGAUUUAAAAAUUACAUUACUAGACGCUGUUAUGAUGCUAGUGACUGCUUGGGGACGAGUCAGCUCUACAACCAUCUUGAACUGCUUCCGUCAUGCAGGAUUAGAUAUUGGGCGUGAUGCGUUUGACGAAGACGACGACAUUCCAUUGGCUUUAUGGAUAGAGAAGGAAAGAAGUAAAGAAAUAGAUAAUAUACCAGAUUUGAAUGAGUGGGCAAAAAGUAACUCAAUAACAGAUUUUGAUGACUUUAAUUUAACAGAGUAUGCCACUGCCGAUGACAAUUUAGUUGUAGCUGAGUUUCCUUCUGAUGCAGAGAUAGUGUCUUCAGUAAGCAGCCAAAUCGACAUUGAAAGCGAAGAACUAGAAAAAGGAGAAGAUAGUACAGAAGGAGAAAAUCAAAGGGAGCUGCCUACGACAUUGGAAGCCUUGGACUCAUUGGAGACAGUAAAUAAGUUUUUACGUUUUAAUAAUCCCACCGAUGAUUGUAUUAACGCAUUAGAACUUAUUCAUGGUACGAUUCAGAAAUCUCUUUUAGAAAAACGUAAAAAGCAAACAAAAGUUACAGAGUUUUUUAAAUUGUAGAACAUAGAGUUUUGUUUUUUUUAGGUUGAGUUUAUCUUAUGUAGUAAUAAUACAUUUUUUUCCGAUUUUGAAUUAUUUAGACGUAAGUAGAUCUUAAGAGUUUCAUUCUUGUUAUAAUCAAAAUACAUACAUCCAUACGUACAUAUGUAUGUAAGUAUUUUAAAAUAAUGAAAUAAAUGUGAUGUCACACAAUACUAAUUAUUGUUUUUCUUUAUAUGUAUGUACAUACAUAUAUAAAAUAUGUACAUAUUGCAAGAUGUACAUACACACUUUUGUUAUGACGGGGCUCGGCUAUAACGGCCGCCCGGCUAUAACGAUCAUUUCCUUUUCCCCCUUGAGUGUUCGUUAUAUCCGAGUUUGACUGUA